AUGAAUCGGUUCGCAAAUUGAGUGUAUUCUUCUGGAAAAGUUAACGGUUUAGAUCAAUAGCAAAAGUGUUAUCAACUCGUUCACAUUUUCUGCUUCAAAUUCGCUUUUUCGGUCGUUGCCACGCGGAUUUUCGUCGUCAAGUUCCGAAUUCGAUAAAGGCGAAAGUGCCGAAAGAAAAGUAUGCAAUUUCUUGCGUUUCUCGCUAAUUUUUGCAAUUUUCUUCUUGCGCCUUUAAAAUACGGUAGCAGAAAUGCUCGUUGCUUUGCUCACGGCCCGGCAAUUCAUACAGUGGCCGAGAAAAAUGCGUGGAUUAAAUACUCAGCCCAGCGAUUUCGCUGCUGUGGACUUGCGUACAACGGUGUAUGCAGAUUCUGCAUACCGUAACCCAAAAAUAUGCGGCUAAUUAAAAAAAAAUUUAUUGAAAGUACAGAAAAAGCCGAAGAAAGACGGAAAAAUGUGCUAAUCUCAUCGAAAGUAUAGGGAAACGUCGAAAGUAUACAAGAAAACGUGAUUUUGACAGUAAUUGCAGAAAUUUUCGACUAGAAUUGAUUUUUUCAUUUCCCGGCAGUUACACUCUUGCAAAAAUUCAUUUUUCGGUAUCUCUAGACGUUCUAUGUGUAAAAAAAUGUUAAAAAGUAUAUAAUAAAAAGAAUGAAAAACUACGAAUGACAUCAAAAAUAUUAGCGGAGAUUCGUUGGAAACGCUGGCGGAACUCGAAGCGAAUUCAUGAACGGAGUGCCCCUAGCCAUAAUUAGCCCUAAAUUUAUUAAUUUGUGGAGAAUUGUGUCUUCCAAUUUUUUUAUUAUAUUUGAGAGGAGAGUUUCCGGCGCAUAUCCUUUCGAUGUAGAGCAUUCACAUGCCAGCGUUCUGAAUUGACGAUAAUCAGCGUUCUGACUUGUUGAUGAGAGUGUUGACUUCACGCAAUAACCGGAUCGGGUCCAUACCUUGCAGGCUUCUUGGACUUGGCUUGAAACAUCUUGGAUCCAAGUUUAGAGGCUGGAAAAGCCGACAUUUUGCGAACAUUGCGGCCUUUUCGGCCUCACACCCUUAUAUCUCGGGAAAUUUAUGAAAAACCGAAAAAAAAGUUGAGAUUUUGAUCAUAGAGGGCUCUGAUUUUUUGCCAAAAGUUUCUCACUAUUGUAUUCGAUAAUUUGAGCCAGGACUCCGAUCGAUGUAAGGUUUCUGAAGACGUCACGGAGCUGAAUUAUCGAUUUUUAGUGAAUUUUACAAAAACUUCGAUAAAAAAAGUUGAGAUUUUGAUCACAGAGGGCUCUGAUUUUUUGCCAAAAGUUUCUCACUAUUGUAUUCGAUAAUUUGAGCCAGGACUCCGAUCGAUGUAAGGUUUCUGAAGACGUCACGGAGCGGAAAUCUCAAUGUUUAGCGAAUGUUACAAAAACUUCGAUGGAAAACCUGUGAAAAUUAAUAAAAACGGAAGUCAAAGUAAAGAAGUGUAUUAACUUCAAUGACAAAACACGAAUGAAUCACUUAAAACUGCCAGAGAAUCUUUUAUAGCAGAUAAUCCAGUUCGUGUGUUGAAAAAACACACGUGGCCGAAGUUUCGCAAGGCGCAAAAUUUUCUCGGCCAAUGUAUGAAUUGCCGGCCCGUGAUUGCUUUCUUUAAAAAAAAUGUCCCUUUUUCUUUUAAAAAUUUUUUUAAAAAAAUAUUUUUUUUAAUAAAAAAGCUGUGAAAAACAUGAUUUUUUUCUUUUUUUACGUCAAAAAAAACCAAUUCAGCGAUGUAAAAAAACGGAAAACAAACAUACGCUGAUUAGCCCCAUUAAAUGUUGUAGAAUGAACAUUUUCGCAUUCUACCGUACUUUUUAAAGGCGCACAACAAAUAAACGCGCAAAAAACACGCAAGCUCGAUAAAAUCAAGGAUUUUCCUCAAAAAGCCAAUAAAUCUGUAGCAUUUCUUUAAAAAUCGAUAAAUCCACGAAAAUUCGUCGAAAAAUCGAUAAAUCGGGCGUUGCAGAAUGCGUGAGUUCUUCAACAAACACUCGGUGCUUCCGCACGGAAUUCAGACGGACGCCGACGCGAAACUACUCUCGAAAGAGCUUCAGCCCGGCGAGCGCAAGCUUCUUUUCGAUGCGCUCCGCAAAAUAAGUACCGUAACAUCCGCCCCACGUUUUGAAACUUUUCGAUAACAAAACAUUUUUGAGCCGCCGAUCAGUACAAUGAGCACAAAAAGGUGACGGAAGUGAGCAUUCAUCACGAGGAUUUGGUCAAAGUUUGGUAGGCGUGUAGCUGCUGUAGCUACAGUACUCCAACAAUAAUUUUAUAGGUACAUCAACUUCAUUCCAAUGUUCGUGUACGGUUGUGUCGAUCAGGCGUUCCUCAUCAUUGGCGGCGAAAGCAUUAACAAGUGAGUCGACACUAAAACACUACAGUAGCCCACCGUAUUCCUACAGUAUCUUCUCGGUGUACAACGGAAUGUCAAUGCUCGCGUCGGCCGCCUUUGCCAACUUCCUCUGCAAUAUGAUCCUUCAGCUGCCCGCCGAUCGCAGCGCCGAUUUGUUCGGCAUACGGUAGGCUACCGUAUUCCUACAUCAAUCCUAUCAACAUUUAUUUCUUUACAGAAGGCCAGUUUUGUCUGUCGACCAGAUGAAUACGCUCGAGUUCAAACACGCGUCUUUUGUGGCCAAGGUGAGCAAAGUGUAACGAAAGUUUGCAGUAAAACCCCAAAAACUAGGGCUAGGGCCAAUUUUAGGCCUCUGAAUUCCAAUUUCAACACCAUUUUCUGUAAAAAUGCCAACCAAAGCGAGCAUUUUUCAGUUUUGCGGUCUGUGGCUCGGACUGACGCUCGGAACGCUUCCGUUGUUCUUCAUCGACGAUAACCUCGACAGACGUACUCUCGACAACAAACAGUUUCUGGACGGCACGAAGAGCGAGUGGUCCGUGAUGGACAAUAGCGACGAAGGCGGAAAAGUGAACCCGGACGAGUGUUGGGAUUUUGGCGGCGCUCCGCAAUGA